AUGAAGAUGUGGUCCAUGAAGGUCAUCAUCCUCCUCUUGUUCUGCUAUGGUGAGUACAGAGGAGCAAACAUGCUGUGAUUUUAUGUUUUGAUUUAGUGAUAUCACACACUUACAUUUAAAAAGCUGUUAAAUUUCGACAAUGGACAUCUUACAAGAAAAAUGAAAAAAAAUGGCAGUAAUUUAACUUAGUCUAUUUUAUUACACUUUUUUUUUCUUUUUCACUUAGCUAGAUGGAGCUUAGCUAAUGUAAUAUUCCUUCUACUGAAUUGCUUAUCAAAAUGGUAAUUUUUAAUGAGCUACUUUGUGUAAAUUCAGCCUCAUGUCGUUCACACUGCCAUUGAAGUCCAUAGGCCAUCAUAUUAAACAUUAAUAAAGUGUAUCAGUAUCUAGGAUGUAAAUUGCUCUUUGUAUAAGUUGCUUCAUCCGUCUCUGGCUUCUAUAUUCCAAUUUUGUUCACCAGCCCAAGAGAUUGUGAGUAUUUCCUUAUAUAAACGAUGAUAUAGCAGGCAAAGUAAAGGAGCAGUGACGUUUUAAAUAAAACAAAGUCCACUUUAUGUAACUUCUCUGGAUCAAGUUCAUUUACAGUAUGCUGUACUAUUUAGGCUUUAGCAGCAAAACAGAGAAAAUUGCAAUAUUUUUGCCCUCUGAAGAUGUAAUUUAAGAGGGAGUUUUGAAUACUGACCAAACUUGGGCUUAAAAUAUGUUAAAAAAAAAAGGUGGGGGGUUAUGAUUGAAAACUCUGGCUUAAAAUUAUUAGAUACAGACUACAAAUACAGACUAUCGCUCGCUCUUACCAUUGUAAGUUUCCUUUCCUACUUUUGAUUUGGAGAAAGUUAUAAAAUAAAAAAAAGGCCUGUUUAUUGUUCUUCUCUGACUUGAACUAAGGGCUGGGACUUUGUGUCCACAAUAAAAUGAUUCACAUGGACUUUGCUCUUUCGGCUCUCUCCAACAGCUUGUCUGUCAACAGAGACUCGGAAAGUAAAGUUUGUCUCCAGGAACUUCUACAACAUUCUCCAUUGGGUACCUGUUGAGCCAGCUCUGCCUGGGCAAAAGGUACUCUACAGUGUCAAGUACUGGAGGUAAGACACAGUACAAUGGAUUGAUGAUUACAACCACACCGGAACCAAAGUUAGGUUCAACAAUAGUGUUUGUAGGAUGAUGACUUGGUUAGAUGAAAGUCCAGAUAUACUAUAAAUAAGUUUCGGACACGCCUGGCCACCAGAUGACUGCCUUUAUCUGUAAUCUUGAUCUGGUAAUCUAGAGCCAAAGUGUUGGGGUGGUGGGAUUACUCUGUAUAGGUGUCUUAAGAUGUAGCUAAUGCAUUUUUGUUUCUUACACUUCACAUUGUCGGUUGUUAAUUCAUGAAGACUUCUGGAAAUAUUGCUUUUACGUUCAAUAGUAAAGAAACAUACUCUCAAACAGAGCAGGCAGAUCGCUUGUCUCAAAUCAGGGAUCAACGUGGCUUCUAGUUAUCUCCUAUGUUUGUGUGUCACUGAUCCUGCUGUGAGCAAGUCACGUGACAUGUUCCUGUCCUCAUAACACUGUGUCUCAGGGUGCUUUGACACUGGGGACCCAGACUCAGAUCUGAGAACAUUUGACCCCAAAGUCCAGAUAAUUUGGUUGGUGUGAACACAAUCCUAAGUGGAGCAUGAUUCAUGCAUACUCCAGCCUAUAGUAGACAUUUCUAAUCAUUGGAACAAACUGCAUUCUGCUCUGUUCACUGUACAACCACUGUACACUUUAAUGACUUUCAAUUACAACUGUGUCCUCUUUUCACUUACUUAUCUCAACAAAUAGCCUAAAAAAGGGUGUAAGGGGGGUCUCCUCUAAACAUUUAUGAUGUGAAUUAAUCUUCUAUAUUAACAACAAAUGCUAUCCCUGUCCUACUGACUCAUACUCCCUGCCAACUUUAGCUGAAAUAGCUUAAAUGAUUUUGGCCACAAGCUAUCAGUCAAGUAUGACUGGUUAAACUAUGACUGCUACAAAUCAGCUCCUUGUUGAAACAAAAUUUAUCAUCCAUCGCAGUGCUUCCUCCUAACAAGAACCAGGCACAGAGGAAAAGGGGUGCUCUCCCUGCUGCAGGCUUUACAUUCCAUGUAAGCAUGUGGAAAUGUAACAAUUGCAUAAAAUCAAUUCUUCUGACAUAAGCAGUCCUAACUUAAAUAUGUCAGUUGGGGACAACCGUUUCUCCAAUAUGUAGUGCCAGACUAGAGCAGUAGGCUACAUACUAUCAUGCAGUCACAAGAGGAGAAAGAAAGAAACGGGAGGAGCAGGAAGAGGCAGGUGUGUUUGUCUAAAAGAAUCAAGAAAUGGAAGGAACAUAGCAUGAGAGUUAAUGAGUAUCACCAAGCUAACAAGUUAACUAUUGCCAGGUUAAAAAGUGAGUAACAUUAUUUAGUUUAGUUAGGAUUUUAUUUAGUUAGUACUCUAAUGAAAAUAAAGUCAACAUUGAUACAGUUUCGGUGGAAUUAGCGGUCCCUGUCAGACUUAUGACAUAUCUUUGUUUGUGUUUAUCAAAUAUUACUGUUGUAUUAAUUAUGGGUGGGAGAAAAAAAUCAAUAUAGCAUAGUAGCGCAAUAUUUUGUCUAUUGAUAUAUCGUAUUGUCUCAUCCACCAAGUAUCGAUUUUUUCAAAUUAAUUGCUAAUAUGACCUAAAUCCUAUGAUAAUGGAAAAAUAAAAUCAACUGUUUGUCCAGUGAGGUUGGCAGAGGUGAAAUCAUAGAGCAGGAAAAAGUUAGUACAACAAACAGGAAAUGCAAAAAUGCAGAAUGCAGAAAUGCAUUUCUUUAGAAAUGCAAGCAGGGCACAAAUGCGAUGGACAUGACAUAUGAGGUUUGCAAGAAGUGCUACAUAAAAAUAAAAUAUUGCGUCAAUAAGACAAACAUUAGGGAAAGACAAAUGCUAAAUCAGCUAAGCAGUUGAAAAAAAUGUAUAAAUCGCAAUAUAUGGUAUCGCAAUUCUCACUGUAUCCAAGUGUCGUGAUAAUAUCUUAUCGUGGGGCCGCUAGUGAUUCCCACCUCGAGUAUUGAUCUAGUUAGACAGACAGGAAAAAUUAAAUCUGUAAAAAUUAAAAAGAGAGAGAGAGAAUAAAUCAAUUACUUGUUUCCACUUUUUAUAUGUUGAAUUUUGAGUUUAAUAAUUGUUACAUCAGUAUCACCCUAAAUAAUCAUUGCUAUAAUUGGUUGGAUGCCUUUUUUUGCUUCUCAAGGUUAGUUUGGUAAGUUUCUGGAAUUCCUAUUAAUAUUUCUACAUUUUUUUUCUUGGGGAACUGAAGUUUUGAAUGUUUCAAACAAUUUUAAAGUUUUAUCAGCUACGGUUUUAAAUAACAUGACCGAUCAGUGAAUGUUACUCAUUCAAAAAUUGUCUUCUUGCCACCAUGGCUGGAAAAUAUUAGCAAAGAAAACACUCUGUAUCACUGAAAAACUACAACUUUUUUUUUUUUAAUAACAGAGAUAAACGAGUGGUUGGUUAUAAUCAGAAUCUUUUCUUACAGGACCACGCUGCCAUGUUCAGGUGGCUGCAGUGUCCCAGCUUGUUCACAGUGUUCUUGUAUCUUUGCAGUGAUGUUCAGGGGCAGCCACACAUGACAAAAAUGGAGUGUCAGAACAUAACUGCUCUGUCCUGCGACCUGACUGCUGAAACCCCUUCGAUUUAUGACGUUCAUUACAAGGCUCAGGUGUGCGCAAACGGUCGCGACCACGGCAGCACCAUCCGCUUUAAACCUCUAGCUGACAGUAAGAAUUUCAAUGCUCAGUAACUGGUACAUUGCUUUGCUUAUUAAAUCCUACUUUUUACAACCAUUUCUGUCUCACAUUUUUUAAAUAUCCUGACUUUAUUUUUCUCAUUAGCUAUUUUUGGUCCACCGAGCCUGUCCAAUUUCACAACGGUAUCAUCUCUGCACGUUAAUGUCACCCUGCCUUUGGGACCCAACAGAGUCUCUGUGGGCGACAUCAUCACUGGAAGCAAAAAGGGGCCUUUUGAGACGGUUAUUGUUUAUGUCUUAAACAUCACCCAUCCGAAGUGGGCAGCACAUGUGAGUCUGCAUUUGAACAGCAUAAUACAUCGUAUGAAAAUUCACCUUACAUGAAAUGAAGCCAUAAGUAGACAUUGGAUGAUAGUUUCUUUGUCUUUGCUUAAGUAUCGAGUUUUAAUGUUUAUCUGCCUUGAACAAGAAGCAAAGGACCAAAUCAACAAUUAAUUCAUAUGACCCACUUUUCUUCUAGGUCACUGAAUCCAAAACAGGACGCUUCGUUAUCAACUUGAAGAACAACCAAACAGAGUAUUGCGGCUAUGUGGUCUACAAGCCCUCCUCUGAAUGGGGUCGUUCACCGAGUGAGAAGGCCUUCUUUUGUGCCAAACUGCAAGGUGAACACACACAAAAACUGAAUUUCUUCCUUCACACUCUAAUUGGAUAAUAAAUUCACCAGAAAAUUUGUAUUGCUAGAAUCCAAGAAUAAAAAUAUUUGAAAAUGGAGGGUUUUUACAUUUUACUUCAAGAUUUUUCACCUCAUUUCUACAAAUAUUUGUAGCCACUUCAAAAAAACCUUCAGUGUUUAAUAGCAAAUGUAGAGUGUGUUAUGAUCAAUGCAGCCCGAUUUUAGAUGUCUGUGUGAUUCUUGUACCCAGAGAAAGAAAAAAAGAAAAUGUAAGGAUUCUGCUGGCAUAAAAUCAUUAUAAUCCCAGACACAUAGCUAAAGUCAACUCAACAUUUUUAAAUGUACUCAAAGUUUCGUCAAUGUUUUUUAAGUAACCCAAAGCUUUAGCUGUUCUAUUCCUGGCAGAGGGAAUCCCCAUAGAAGUCUCUGCCCCUCCUCUUAAGUUCCUGCUCACCAACAUUCAUUAACUUCCAAGAAACACCUGUCUAAUUGCACAAUUAUCUAAUGAUAUAUCCAGUAAUGUCUUAUGUUAAUACUUCACUGCGACCCAAAAACAUGCCUGGUCUUGUGUGUCACUGUGGGAAUUUUUCUAGCAUGCUAUUUCAGAGCCCUUGAGCGUAUCAGUUUUCAAAGAUGUGUCUUUUCCUGAUAAGUGUUUGACACCAACUCUACUCUCCCUCAGGUGAUCCUCUUAAGAGUUUGCCGUGGUUGCUAGUGGGUGCUGCUCUUCUGCUGGCAAUCCUUAUAACUUCAAUCGCAUGUAUUAUCCACUAUGUGAAGGGUGGAAAGAAAAAUAAAAUGCCAGAGUCAUUGGUAAGAACAUAUUUUCACAAUUCUCCUGUGGCGCAGCCUCAGAAUUACAAGGAAAUGAUACCUAACAGGAAGUUCAAGGCCUUCAGGCACAUUAAGAUGUAAACGCUGCCAAUGUGACGAACACACUUCACAUGAACCAAAACCAUAAAAUAUUUCAGUGACUCAUGUUCCUUCAAGUGAUUGGAAAAGUCCUGUGGUUUUAUCUACAGAAUUUCCAUCGUUCUUGUAAUUUUUUUAAGGCUGUGCCACUUGUGUCAUUGUGGUUUGGUAAAUGCCAAAGUGGAGGAUUAAGGCACAGAGUUUGUACAGAUUCUGUAUAAGGUUCUAGUCCAAGGUGAUACAACAGAUGAAUGGUCAAAGUUAAUAGGCAGAGAGAACUUCUCAACAAAAUUAACUUUUUUUUUUUUCACUUUUCUGAAUUUUUAUAGCUUUGUGAAAACUUGACUGUGCAGCUGAGAUUUUUGUUUUAUAUAUAUCCUAUCUAAAAUUGGUAAAAUUAAGAUAAACUACUUUUGGUCUGCAGCUGCUUAGCUCUAAGUAUAGGUAUCCAGCAAUAGCUGAUGGUUAAAAAUAUCAUAAAAUACCAGCUUAACUACUUGUUAUGAAAUAUAGUUCCCUCAUUUUUCCUUUCUUGUAUAUUUGUUUUAAUUAUCAACUCAUGGAAAAAGCUGUUGAUUUGUUUAAGAAGUUGCUCACCUGUCUGACUUUAAUUACUUUGUCAUCCUUGUCUUCAAAACAGGUGACCCCUUCCAAUUUCCCGCCCGUGGUCUUGGACAUCCCAGAUGGUAAUAUUGCCAUUUCUAAACCAGAAUUCAACACUCAAGGUGAAAAAACUGUUUACGCAACCAUACAGGUGAAGCCAAAUCUGCCGUUGGACAACAAAGUGGGUUAUUCUCCUCAAGACAUUUCCUUCCAAAGCUGGCAAGGCAGCGCUGAGUCCUCAGUGAGCACAGGUACACAAACCCCUGUCCCAAAUCCAAGAGACACCAGCAACCACUCCUCAGAAAUCUACAGUUGUGUGGCUGUCCAUGUCCCUGCUGAAGACAAUAAUGAUGAUUCUGUUAGUGGAGAAAGCUGGGGUAAGGAUGAAAUAAGUCCAGAACUGACCAUGAAUGGAGUACUACCAUCACCUGGUCUUGACCCUUUGGAAAGCAAAGCUGCUAUGCCACUGCUGCUGCAUACAGUCAGGGAUUCCAAUGGACAACUUAUGUUGCCUUCACUCACUCUCCAGUUACAGAGCAACGAGGGUGACAGGGAAAGAAAACCCCUUUUAUCAGACCUCAUAGACUCAAAUACAGAGGGGCCCUUGUUAGUGUCCCUGCACAGCUUUGACAGCUCAGAGUGGUCAGACUCAGGGUGUGAUGACAGCACUGUAAACACACCAACAUAUCCUUACUGCAACACCGACAACUCCCCAUCUCAGCCAGUUGUUCCUUAUUUGCAACACGGAUGUCAGAGCGCACCAUCUAAUGAUGCAAUUUUAGCAUCAGGUUACAAACAAAACUGGACGCCCGCAGUCUUUCCUGGAAUUCCUUUUAAAGACAGUUGUGAAUACAGAAAGACAAACAAGCCGUGGACAUGGACUAGUAACAAAACAGAGGAGGAAAAAGAGGAAUAUGAUGAGCCAGAACGAGAGGGAGAUUGUAGGGGAAUUCUUCUAGGGGGUUGGGGGUUACAGAUUGAAGACUAACUCUCCUCUUUUGACUCUGGACACCAUGAACAUGCUUUUUCAUCUGCAUCCUAAAACAAUGUUGAAUGUAUACUGCUGUACCUUUUCAAGGGAAUAUGAAGAGGAAGUUGAUGUAAGCACUGACAGCUAGUUUGAUGAUACUGCAAAGGUCAGGCAGAUCAAUUGAGAGACAAAUGUUUGAUAUGCAAAUGAAUUGUCUGAGUAUUGUCUAACACAUCACAACAACACCUUGAAUCACAUUUCAUUCAGAAAUUAGAUGGAAUUGUGUUUUUAGUUUCUGCUCCCAGGGUUCCUACACAGUUGGAAUUUCUAUACUUUUUCAUACCCUGAUCUUCAGAGUUAUUUUUGGAAAUACCUACUUUUCUAUCUUAGAAAACAGUAUUUCAGAACUGUGGUAUUGGUCUGGAAACAUAUAUAUUUUCCAUACUUUACUUUUCAUCUUCCAUACUUUUUAAGACCUGGAAAUUGAUCACAUUUAUUUCCAUAGAUUUCGAGACUUGGGUAGGAACCCUGUAACCCCAAACCUGAAAACCAUGAAAAAAAGAAUAGAAAGUUUGACAACACUUGAAGAAAAUUUGUACAUAGAUUUUAAGUCCUUUUUUUACUGUAGUCAAGUCAAUAUUUAACAAAAGAGCCAUUUUUAACAGGGUAUUUAUUUCAAAGUAAAUGUCUUAAUUAAAAUAAUGUUUACCGGACUUUAACUUUCUUGUUAUCUGUGUAUAGUGUAGAUAUUUUACAUUUGAUAGCUUUGUAAAUUACGCACAGACAAAUCUUUAGAGUGUCGUUGAUGAAGUCUAAAGCUGUUGUGUUGUCUAGUAUAUGGUUUGUCCAGGAUAUUUAUAACCAACGUGAGUCCUCAGAUUGUGCUGAACUCCAUGUUUUCUCUCUGGGAAAAAAAAUGCAUGUGCAGCUUGAAGAAGAAAAUGGUUUCAUGCUUACCCAGUAAGAAAAUGUAGCCGGCGUGUAAUUACAAUGUGGACGGUUGACCUUUGAGAUUAGAUUCAAUUAGAGUUUAAAAUAAACCUUAUGACCUUGCGUCUGAGCAAAGAUUUAGACACAGCUCAGCACCAAGAACACAUUUCUAGAAGAGUCCUCAGUGACUGGAUAUAAAAUCAAGUAUAACCUUAUUUCCAUGAAGAUGUCUACGUAUUAUCAGAGUUAGAAGGAAUACAUAAAAUUGACUGCAUAUGUAGAUGAAGCGAAUACAAUAUUUCAUAUUUCUCUGACUCACAGAGUUCAUGAACUCAUUUUAUCCUCUUCACUGUUUGCUGUUCUUUUAGGGGGAAGAAAUUACAAUGUGGAAAAAUAUAUUAGACAGCAGGGUCAUGGUGUUAGCUGGGCCAAACUGAUAUAAGUAGGACAUUUAAUAGCCUGAGCGUUAUCUUUUGUACUCAGUUGUAAAGCAAUCGUGUCAGGUGUGUUGAAACAGCACAAUGUGAGUCACAUACAGGCACAAUGUGGAGCAUUAGAUGAAUUACAUGUAUGUGUUAUGGGAGGACAAAGUGCAGGGUAAAUGUAAAUGGAUGCAUGUCAUACUAAGGUUUAACUCAGUCCAACUAUGUUUGUCAAAGAGUUCAUGACUUAAAGAUUGAGUGUCAUAACAGAAAAAGGUAAUAAACAACAAACUAAAAACAAUA